AUGGCUGAAUCUAUAAUGGAUUUAUACCGAUCAGCAAUGGUGGCCGAGGACCGGCAGCCUUCGAUCGCUGUUGAGAAUACAUCGCCCGUCGAAGACUCAGUCAAUGCCUCAACCGCUGAAUAUCGACCGCUCAACAAAAGAGACAGGAUGAAGAUGAGGAAGAAGAAAAGAGAAGAGAGAGCGCUGGCCGAACUUGAUGCCGCAAAGCUUACGUAUGCCAAUGGCCAGGAGACGGUAUACGCAGAUGGAUUAGUAGCUGUGGAACCAAUCAUGGUAGCAAAUGGCCAAGGGCUGGAGCCUGCUGGACGUGAAGCUGACAUAGAGGUCGUGCCUCCGGAGGAAGAAGAAGCGCCAGAGGCUGAAAGUGCUCCUGAGCUGGUACAUGAGUCCACUCUUGUAGGACACAGCCCUACCGCUGAGACCGACAUACCGCCAGCAGCGCCUGAUGAGCCAGCGAGUCCCAUAUAUCUACCCUUCAGUUCCCAGCAUAAACUCAUGGUCUAUCUGCAGCAGCGGCUAGAGAGCAUGUGCUUUGUCUUCGCACAACGCGUUAUGCCGCACGCCCUCGAUCGUCGUGGUUGGGAUUGUGCCGAAAUGGUUCAGUUGCAGCAUUGGAUGAGAGAUUCUGUCUUCCAGGAAUACGUGGAGGGUAAGAUCCUUGACGUGGAACAGUCCGCUCAAAUGCUCGAUUCUAUGAUCGAGAUCUGGCGCUGCGCUGUUAAUCGCAAGCGAAUCGACACAACCUUGUUGGAAACUCUACUCCGCUCCGCUUUGGAGCUAGCUAGGAUUCUGGAAGAGUCAUCCUCCGUCGACGAGAUUGGACAACUGCGAGACAAUGUCAUCCAGGCAACGCAGCGACUGGCAGAGGAAACCCAGAUACUACAGGCCAGGUACGAGACAAAGCUGCAGGGGAUUACAGCUGCCCGAGCAAAGUUGGAUAUCUUGGAGGAGAAGACCAAAGCCGCGCUGUCCAAGAGGCUGGAGCAGAGUCAGUCCAUGGCCAAUGGUAGAAUCAUCAUGUUUAUACGCGAGGCAGAAUGUUCAACCCCAAAAGUAGCUCUGCCUGAGGGGUCAACAACAAGAUCUUGCCUUGACUGGAUGAACGACCUUGAGAGUAGCCUGGCACUUGGAGAGGAUGAUCGUAAGGACUUUGUCGGUUAG